UCGCAGAACUUUGAGACUUUGAACUCCUCUUCCAUUCCUACGACCGCGCCCGCUUUGAUGAUGACCCCUUCAGCCUGGCCCCCAACUCGUGCCCCGGACAUCUUUCCUGAAGGCAUACACAGCCGGACUUCUCAUGUCCCGUCAGGAAGAGAUUUUGCGGGACCGUCACAGCAGGCAAUUUCAUUGCCCAUCUUUGCUGGGAAGGAAACGGCUACACUUUGCGGAUCCUGCCUGCCGGAGAUGUGGGAAUCUCGGAUGCUCAAAACUUCCACCGGUAAGCCCGCAUUAAGUCAGUGCGUAUGCCGCAUUUUGCUCCAGAUUCACUUCAAUUGUGGCAAGUAA